AUAAUCAACUACUAUCUCUUUUAAUUUUUUCUUUUAGUUGGAUUCGAACUGGGGUCGAGUAUUUCUUUAUAAAUAUUUAUGUGAAUGCAUAGGCUUCUAAUUGAAUUUCUUAUGCAAUUAAAAAAGUCUUUAACAUUGUCAGGUUUGACUACAUGGCCAUAGCAGACAAUAGACGAAGAUAUAUGCCAUUGCCAGACGAUAGAUUAAAGGACAGAGGCAAACCUUUAGCCUACCCAGAGGCAGUCUUGCUUGUCAACCCAAUCAAAUCUGAACUUAAGGGAGAGGUGGUGUUGGAUAACGGGUUCCUUCAGAUCACUAUAUCCGUUCCGGAAGGACUCGUCACCGGCGUACAGUACAAUGGCAUGGCCAAUUUGCUUGAAGUUCUUAACCAUGAAACCGACAGAGGGUAUUGGGAUCUUGUAUGGAGUGAUGAAGAAACAAUUCGGAAAAAGGGUAACUUCGACAGGAUGGAAGGAACAAAUUUUACAGUGGUAGUACAAAAUGAGGAACAAAUAGAAGUCUCAUUCUCAAGGCACUGGGAUUCGUCCCUUAAGGGAAAGCUUGUUCCGAUGAAUAUAGACAAAAGGUUUGUAAUGCUUCGUGGCUCGUCAGGCUUCUACACAUAUGCCAUUUAUGAGCACUUGAAGGAAUGGCCUGCUUUCGACCUUGACAACACAAGGAUUGCUUUCAAGCUUAGAAAAGACAAGUUUAACUACAUGGCCAUAGCAGACAACAGACGAAGAUAUAUGCCAUUGCCAGACGAUAGAUUAAAGGACAGAGGCCUACCUCUAGCCUACCCAGAGGCAGUCUUGCUUGUCAACCCAAUCGAACCUGAAUUUAAGGGAGAGGUAGAUGACAAAUACGAGUACUCAUGUGAGAACAGAGAAAGUGGGGUUCACGGGUGGAUUUCCACUGGCUCAGCCGUCGGUUUCUGGCUAAUUACACCCAGUGCCGAGUUCAAGUCCGGUGGACCCUUAAAGCAGUUUCUCACCUCCCAUGUGGGUCCAACCAUCCUCUCUAAAUUCUGCAAAGGACAAAGUUCAAUAUUGCCGCUCUUAGAUCUUAUCCUUCUGGUAUUCCAUAGCACUCAUUAUGCUGGAGCAGACAUGAUUAUAAACUUUGGACCCAAUGAGCCAUGGAAGAAAGUGUAUGGCCCUGUUUUUGUUUAUCUUAAUUCUUUGUCCACUGAAGGCGACCCACUUUCACUUUGGGAGGAUGCUAAAAAACAGAUGAUGAAAGAAGUUGAAAGCUGGCCGUAUGACUUUCCUGCUUCAGAAGAUUUUCCACCGUCGGAUCAACGAGGUAACGUCUGUGGCAAAUUACUAGUUAUGGAUAGGUGCGUCAGCGAUGAGAACAUACCUGCAGAUGGAGCUUAUGUGGGGCUGGCACCCGUAGGAGACGUCGGUUCCUGGCAAAUCGAAUCGAAGGGUUACCAGUUCUGGACUGAGGCAGAUGAAGAUGGCUCUUUCACAAUCAGUAAUGUAAGACCUGGUGACUACAAUAUUUAUGCAUGGGUUCCAGGUUUUAUUGGAGACUACAAGAAUGACACUGUCAUCAACAUAUCUAAUGCAGGUAGUUCUAUUGCUGUUGGUGAUCUUGUAUAUGAGCCUCCAAGGAAUGGCUCUACACUGUGGGAAAUAGGUAUUCCUGAUCGUUCUGCAGCAGAAUUCUAUGUUCCAGAUCCCAAUCCAAAUUAUGUCAACAUGCUAUACCUGAAUCAUACUGACAGAUUUAGGCAGUAUGGAUUAUGGGAAAGAUAUUCAGAGCUGUAUCCUGAUGAAGAUUUAGUCUUUACUAUUGGCACUAGUGACUAUUCAAAAGACUGGUUUUUUGCUCAAGUUACAAGGAAGGAUAAUAGUAGUAGUAAUAACACAUAUCAAGGAACUACAUGGCAAAUUCAGUUUGAGCUCGAGGAAGUUGAUCAAAGUGCGACAUAUAAACUACGAUUAGCACUUGCAACUGCAAAUGUUGCCGAAUUGCAGGUUCGGGUUAAUGAUCGAAAUGCGGAUUCUUCUCUAUUUUCAACGGGGAAAUUUGGCAAGGACAACACAAUUGCGAGACAUGGCAUUCAUGGGCUUUACAGGUUGUUCAAUGUUGAUGUACCAGGAACUCAGCUUUUGGAAGGGAAUAACACAAUUUUUUUGACACAAGCAAACCAUGUUAGCCCUUUUCAGGGAAUCAUGUAUGAUUAUAUUCGCUUAGAAGGUCCUCCAUUUUCAAACACCAUCAAGAAGAUGUGAUUUGAUUCAGAUCUUCUUCUUUUUUCUUGAAAAAGAAUCAUUGAAAAUUAGGUGAAAAUUAUUACAAAUAACAUAUAGUCAUUACUUUUGUCAAAAUGAAUAAAAUAGUAAUUAGAAUGACAAACACAUUUAAAUUUAGGCCAGGAGCAUAGUGUAUACAAAUAUAUAUAUUCUUGCGAGAAAUAAUUGAAGUGAAAUUUUAGUUGA